AGACUAACCCUAUAUGAUAUAUUCAAAUUUGGAACAAAUAUUUUCGUGAUUUUGUUUGAUAACCUUUCUGAAACUGAUGGAAUCAAUGGGACGUGAUGGCGAUCACGGCAAUCGUGAUGACCUAAUCUUACAGCAACAGCGUGAAAUUGAGAGAGAGAUCAGCGAUUCAACACCUUUGGUCAGUGAGCAGUUGCCGUUGACUUGUUUGACUGCCGAAUACAAUGGAGACGCCGUAUUCACAGCCAAGAUACAGGCCUUGGCUAGCAAAUAUAGGUAUAUGCGCAGAACACGUCCCGAUGGCAAUUGCUUCUUUAGAGCGUUUGCCUACUCAUAUUUGGAGUGCUUAAUCACGAACACAGCUGCCUACGACAAGUUUCGACAGAUUGCGGAAUCCUCCAAAGAUAAGCUGAUUCAACUUGGUUUUCCGAGCUUCACAUUGGAGGACUUCCAUGGAACUUUUAUGGAUGUUAUUAAUAGAGUUAGUCCAAAUAAUAUCGGUGGAAUUGAAAAGAAUCAAAGCGAGCUGCACACCAUCUUCAACGAACAGGGCUAUUCGGACUAUGUGAUUGUGUAUCUGCGUUUGAUAACCUCCGGCAAACUGCAGGAGGAUGCCGAAUUCUAUCAGCACUUCAUCGAAGGUGAUAUGUCCAUCGAAGAGUUUCGCCAUCAGGAAGUCGAGCCAAUGUUCAAGGAAUCAGAUCACAUACACAUCAUCGCGCUAUGCGCAGCCCUCGGCGUGGGCGUGCGUGUCGAAUACCUGGACAGAGCCGAAGGUGUCAAUGUCAAGGCACAUGAUUUUCCCGAGGGAACUCAGCCUAUGGUUUUUCUCAUCUACAGACCUGGCCACUACGACAUACUAUAUCCGAACUGAUUUUGACUAGCUCGAAAAUUAAAUGCUGCCAAUAUGAACCAAAUUAGUAAUACGUUAACGAGCGAUUCAAAAACAAACAAACAAAAACAUAACAAAAAACGCCAGCUGUUAGCAAUAAAGAAUAGAAGCAUAAUUUUGUUGUACUU